GAUCGCAGCGCCAAAGAUCCCUCUAGUUAAUUUUAGGAGUUCGUGUACAAAACACGUGUUUUUGUGUACAUUCACAAAAUGGUGUCUUUUGGGACUUGUGUGCUGUGAACUGGAUUUAUGUAGGUACGUUUUGUGAGUGUGUGUGUACCUGAACAUUUCGUGGCAACUUGACUUGAAGUCAUGGCAUUGGCCUUCAGCAGCAGUGAUCAAGCCGCCAUCGAUCGCACCGUCGUUCUGUCUGCCGACGACGUCAAACCGGCGGCUGACGAUAGGCAAAUCGAGUGCCAGUACGAAGUGAAGCGUACUGUAGCCUGGAUCUGCGAAAACGGCUUCAAGAAGGUGGCACUGCAGUUCCCUGAUGGAAUGCUGGUCAACUCUGUGAGCAUCACCCUGGCCCUCCAGGCUAGUGUUCCAGCUGAACUCUUCAUCCUGGGUGACACAUCCUACGGAAGUUGCUGUGUGGACGAAGUCGCUGCAGAGCAUGUCGCAGCCGAUGCCAUUGUCCAUUAUGGCCACUCCUGCCUAAGUGUGCCAUCGAGACUUCCUGUGCUCUUCAUCUUGGGAAGGUCACCGUGCACCACUGAGGGACUGGAGCUGGGACUGCGUAGUGUCUUUCCUGACCCACAUACCAGGAUAGCUGUGCUUUUUGAUACACAGUACGACCACUGCAAGUGUGACGUUUUUGCGAAGAUUUCAGCCCUGUUCGGGAAUGCCGUCUGCUCUGAACUGGUCAUACCAUCUGUGCAGCAAGGCAAUAAGAACCGCAGCAGAGGAACACAGGUUAUAACGAAGUGCUCACGGACAUUUUGUAUUGAAGAAAACACCAGCCUCGCAGACUAUUCUAUACUGUUCAUUGGACCAGAGAACGGAACACUGACAAACAUCGUGUUCACGUUUAACAGUUGUGUGUGCUACUCUUACAACCCAAACACUCAAGACAUUCGUCGAGAAAGCUUGGCAGUCAACCGGCAGCUCAUGCGUCGUUACUACCUUGUUGAGAAGGCAAAGGACGCCCACAUUGUGGGGAUUCUCGCAGGCACCCUAGGGGUUCAAAGUUACCUCUCGGCGAUCGGCCACCUGAAGAAGCUGAUUCGGAAUGCUGGGAAGAAGCCAUACACGCUCGUUACGGGCAAGCUCAACGUGGCCAAGCUCGCCAAUUUCCAGGAGAUUGACGUUUACGUGCUUGUCGCAUGCCCUGAGAACACUCUGCUCGAUUCCAAGGAGUUCUUCCAACCGAUCGUGACCCCCUUUGAGCUGGAACUAGCCCUAAAUCCUUCGAGGCAGUGGAGCCAGACAUUUUCAGCCUCGUUCAGUGACAUCCUACUAGGUGGUGAGCUGCACCUGGAACUCAAGGAGCCUUCCUCACAGCUACAGUAUGAUGUCUCCUUGGUCACCGGCAAGAUAAGAAGCCUUGGCGUUGAGGAAAAAGGAAAUGGCGAGGGCAGCAACAGUGGUGGCGCACUCGUGGCUAAAGAAGGCACGGUAGCCGUGCCCAAAAUCCACAUGGCAGCCGCAGGUGAGUACCUCAUGAACCGGACAUGGCAAGGACUGGAGACCCGCCUGGGACAGACCCCCGCAGCCACCAUCAGCGAAGGACAGGUGGGACUGGCUGCUGGCUACAUGGGCGAGGGCCAUCUCGGGCAGACGUAGCUGCUUCAACUUGCUCUACACUGAAGCAGCCUGCUAGCACAGAAGUUGCACCUCCGGCCGCCGUUUGAAGAAGGAAUGGAAGCUACGCACAUGCACUAGCUCAUUCAUAACAACCAUGCAGAUCACUCAUGACGUCUGCUGUUUUAUGGCUCAACAAGACAGGAAGCCAGAGACCCUAAGCGAUAAAAUGAAAGAUGCUGCCAUAAGCAACGUUUUGAUGCAAAGUCUUACCUGCAUUCUGACCGACUCAAGGCCAGAGUGUUACUGUCAGCAACUUCUCUCGUUUGACCACUGCUAAAUAUUUAAAAGCCAGAAUUAAAACAUGAAGCCAUACAAAUUGGCUUGCGUGUCAGUAUUUGUUGCUCCUGGAAGGGCUAUCUUCAAUUUGUAGAAUUUGUUGCACACUGGCUUCUUUCAGAGGCCGAGAAGGAAAAUGCAGCUAUGUUGAUGUGCUUUUUUUCUUUUCCAUAGUGCUGUUGAGCGAGCCAGUUAUCACAUAUGUUGCUGAUGCGAGAUGACUAAGUGCAGCUUGUUCCUCACACGAUAAAUGCUCUAUUCGCCCAGACCCUCCUGUAAAAUCUCUUCAAACUGCUGCUAGAUGGAGUCUUCCACAAUUCACUUACGGCAAGACUCGCAUUCUCCUACUUGAGGCACUUUAUGGGCUCCAGCCAAUCCUUAUCCUUCAGUGGAUUUUCUUUUCAUGAGUAAGCUACCCUGUUGGUAAACCACUUCAAUAUACAUAUUCUUGUGCAAACUUUAAGGCUUGUUUCCCAUUUAUGGACUCUGUCUUUUGCCAGGCUUCUGAGCCUUCACUGCAGCAUUUUAAAAAUUGUGGGACCCUAAAGUGCUGCCUUUAGGAGUUGAAUGCGAUAGUGACAUUCUGUUACUAGUGCGUACUUCAAACACUUAGUAUAUGAAACCUUUUCGAAUUUGCUAUGCACCCACUACGUAGCCUUAAGGGAAUAUAGGCGCAGUAGCCUGUGUGUGCCUUUUGUAGUGGGGUAUCGGCUUGCAACCACGAAGCCAAUAUAAUGAUUACAUUUUCUGAUGCCCAUUGGCAAUGGACCCUUGUACCAUGCAUUAUAACUACAAUAUUUCAUGUUGCAUUGUGAAGCAUGUAUACAGGAUGCAUGAGUUUGUGAAGCAUGAAAGUUACUUUCAGUGCAUUUUCAAGCAGAGGAAGUUUUUUUCACUGUUUUCACAAGCAGAGGCGUAGCCAUGUGGUAUAACAUCCGCUUGCCAUGCAAACAAUCCGGUUUCGAUCCCCACUUGGACCCAAACAACCCUGGUUCGGUCCCCACUCUGCUGCAGGAUUUUAUUUAUUUUAUUUGCAUCGUUCUCAAUUUUUUGGUCACGCAUAAGAUUAUUUUUUUGCUCACCACCAACGACACAGAUGACGAUGCCGGAAUUUCUGCGAUACAAGCUCUUUAACGUUAUCGCAUUAAUACUUUCUUAGUGUCAAAAUGUACCGGCACCUAUUUUUGAAGCUGACUUUACUCCAUCACGCAUAUCUCCUGCAUAUGUAGCUCUGAGCGAGUGUGAUGCUUACUUUAUUUUGACCUCCGUCUUGACUGAAGUCAAUUUUCACAAGGUGCACCUGCUGACUCACAUUGCCACUAGCACGUGAGGGGACAGUACCAGUUAUAUCGGCUGCAUGCACCAGUAUGGCUAGUUGUGACAAUGUCAGGUACUUAAGUAGACAAAAUGGCUGCUCGCAUGUCACCAAUGAGGCGAUUAAGUGGAGCAGCCAUAGAAAUGAACAUGAAAAGCUUAUACUGUGUUGACAUCAGGGUACAUGAGAGACCAAACUAACUUUCAAAAACAUGUAAUUAAUUGUUCAGUGCACUCAUGCUUACCAGUACUUCUUCUAAGCUCGUGUGAGCUUAGUGUUUCAUUUGCCAAGAGAAAGCUGAAAAUUUUUGUGCCCUUGAAGUUCUCAAUUUUUUUCUUUUGCAUUUGAUGUCAUUCUUGAAAAGCACCAACUCAUCUACAAAUGGUAGGUUCCUGUGAGUUUAUUGCGAAUAUAUGCACACACAAGCCUGGUACGUCAAAUCGUGCAAUACCUCAGCGCUAAUACAAGUUUGUGUGUGUAGUAACAGUUAUUGCUUCCUGAAAAAAAGCAUUAUGUCAACAAAAUUAGUGAGUGCGCACGGAAAGAUCAUGAGAAAGUAACACUGAAACGGAUUUCAGGCCACUUGCUUAAAUAAAUAUAUAUGUGUGUACGUGUAUAGGGCAACUUAUUGUGUUGCCUUUUUGCCCGCUUUCUAUCAGAGAAAAUUAACAGUGAGGCAUAGGCUUCAGCUCUGUCUCAUUCAUCGAAUCUGAGCUUAUUACAUCAGCUGGGUGAUAGGUGCAUUAGCACACCCUCUAUUGCACUUUUAUAUGAAAAACUUGGUUGCCUGGCUGGGCAUACUUGAUGGCACACUUGAAGCAUCUCGGGCAAUGUGGCGACGAUGUGAACACUUGUCCAUCCUCUUUUUUCUGUCUCACACCUCUCCCUUGCCUUGCAUAUAUGCACUAUUUUAUCGAAACAAAACCAGGUGGAAAUCUGUGCUCCGUAGUCUCAUCCCUUUCUAAACCUUCUUUGUACAGUCAGCACUUGGAAAUGAGUGCACAAGGCAGAAAGUUAGGUGGGCAAAAGAUGAGAGGAAGAAGAGGCCUUUGUCCUGCACCGGGGAUGACAUGCUCUCUAAGGUGCCGCACAUCACCAAGGCCUGAUGCUGCAAAGUGUUAAGUUUGUCUAAUGUAGUUCUCUAUCUGCCUUUACUUGCUGUACAUACAAUAAAGAAUCCUGGAACAGCA